UGCACAUGACUGCAGGAGAGAAGCUGUAUUUAUAUAUUAAAAUUUCCUUUAUUGUAUUUUUUAUUUAAGCUAUAGGAGAAAUAUUGUAAUACCACAGUCUUAGGUGUAUCAGUCAGCACGAGCUUCGUGAGGAACCUCAUACGAGACAGGCACUGCAGUACCCAAUGACUGACCACGGACCAUCUGUCCUGCUUAACACUGGGGCUCACAUGCCUCUGGUAGGCUUAGGCACAUAUCGUCUGCAGGGUCCCGAGGACACGUACCAAGUUGUGGAUGCUGCGUUAACAGCAGGCUACAGAGCCUUUGAUACAGCCGCAGUUUACCGUAACGAAGCCGAGAUUGGCCAGGCCCUUCGUUCUCUGUUACCCAAACAUGGGCUUUCUAGAGCUGAUGUAUUCAUAACCAGCAAACUGAGUCCCAAGGACCAGGGCACUAAGGCCAGAGAUGGCUGUCUGAGGAGCCUGGAGCAGCUGGGGCUGGACUACAUUGAUCUGUUUCUCAUCCACUGGCCUGGAACGCAGGGUCGGGAUGUCAGGGAUAAGCGAAACCCUGAGAACCGUUCUCAGAGCUGGGCAACAUUGGAAGACUUUCACAAGGAGGGAAAAUUCAAGGCCAUUGGGGUGUCUAACUAUACUGUGAAGCACAUGCAGGAGCUGCUGAAGAGCUGCAGGGUUGUCCCGGCCGUUCUCCAGGUGGAGUUCCACCCCCGGCUGGCUCAGAAGGAGCUUAGAGCGUUAUGUGAGGAGAGUGGUGUUUGUUUCCAGGCGUACUCCUCGCUGGCGACUGGGGUACUCCUCACUGACCCUGUGGUUCAGGCGGUGGCACAAAGGUGUGGGAGGACACCAGCACAGGUGCUUCUCAGGUGGGCUUUGCAGCAGAAUGUGCCUGUGCUGCCGAAAUCGGCCCAGCCCAUGAGGGUCCAGCAAAAUAGCUGUCUCUUUGACUUUGAACUGAGUGAGAGUGACAUGGCAAGGCUUUCUGCUCUGGACUGUGGGGAAAAGUUCUGCUGGGACCCUUCAUUGGUUGUUUAAAACAACAUGUGGAUGUUCUAAAGUGCCAAAAAUAGACACAAGACAAUGCCUCUUAUAUAAAAAUUAUCAUUUUUACCAUUAACUUGGGUUACGAUUAUUAACAAAUCCAAGUUGAUAACAUAUUAUGGAGUAUUGUUUUCAUUCAAAAGUGAAAACAGUGAAAAAAUCAUGUCCAUAGGUUGGACAAUACUGCGUGUAUGAAUUACUAAAUUAGACAGACAGAAAGAAUGAAAGAAAAAAGGAACUGCUAAUAAACUGUAAAACACUGCCUACUAGGUUCUAAACUUGGGGUUAGUGAGUAUGGUGGAUAUAGUACAAAUUUUCUACUUGGAACUUCUGACAUUAAAGUUCAAAUGGAACAUAGCAACAUAAUUAAGGCUAAUCCUAAAAUAUAAAGCAAGAAAUUAUACAGAUAAAAAAAACAAAAAAACAAAACAAAUAAUAAACAAUCUUUCCAGGACAUUUCCCAUGACUUUUGUGUGUGACUGCAUACUUGUAAGUGCAUUAAAUCCCUCUCAAUAUUAA